AUGCCAGCAUCGUCGACCUUCAGUUCGGUUCAGCGAGUCGCCGCUCUCCUAUCCUCAAGAUGCCAAUCGACCUUCUCAUUGUCCGCCGCCUCAGCACCUUCUCGUCUCCACUCCGCGAGUAGCGUCUCGAUACCUAGGCAAGUGACUGGUUACAAUGACCCAAGGUUCUCGCAAAGGCCAUUCUCAACGACUCCACGUCAACAGACGAAGACAAUCAAGCCACAUCGCCUGCCCUCCGACUUGAUCCCUCCUUAUCCCUAUGGAGAACGUCGCGUAUAUAAGCAGUCGAAUCGUGGCCUUUACGGUAGUGCCCGUAUCCGUUUCGGAAACAAUGUAGCGGAAAAGCACAACAACAAGUCUCGCCGAUUUUGGCGACCGAACGUCCAUGUGAAGGCAUUUUUUUCACCUUCCUUGUGUGCUCGGGUGAAGACCCGCCUGACUCUUCGCGUGCUGAAGACCAUUCGAAGGGAGGGGGGCAUAGAGAACUAUCUCCUUAAAAGCAAGCCUGCACGUAUUCAAGAGCUUGGACCUGGAGGCUGGAAUCUGCGCUGGCUUUUAAUGCAAACUCAGGCUGUUCAGCAGCAGUUAAACGAGGAGAGAAUCGGGCUGGGAUUGGAACCAAAAGAGAUUGAGAAUCGAGACGACAUAAUCCAUUUCGCCUUGGAUUACGCCACCCCUGGCCCGCUAAGCACAAGGAGCCGGGCAACUCUCGACGAAAUGCAAGCUGCCGUGGCUGAUACUUUCGUCCUGGGAGAUGACCGUUUGGGUCAUAUGGAGGGUGUGGAGGAGCUGUCCGAUGAAGAAGAACAAAAACUACUUGAUGAGCUGCAAGCGUUGGACGAGGCUGCUAAGGAUGCUAAGGGACAUCCAGUUGAAACUUGA